AUGGCAGACCGUACGCAAACACUGUCAGGGAUGAAGCAGACUGAGACGGAUCGGGACCACCCAGAGCAACAACAACUGCUGGGAUACAUUCUAGAUGAUAAGCAUCCAGAAAAUGAAAUAAUAAUCAAAGACUGCAACACUUGCCUGACGAGGGGAAAUUUCCAGACUUUGGGGCUUCGAAAGGACAUGGAUUCCGAGAUGGGAAAUGCUUGUCUGCGCCUCGUGCAGGAAAUCCUUCAGAUACAGGGAAAAUCAAUUCAUGUUGUUGACCUGUAUAUACCCCCAACAUGGCUGCCAACUUCUAAUUGCAACCCUGCUGAAGGCUUGCCAGUAAACUCACAAAACAUGGAUGCUAUCGUCAUUCCUCUUUGGGUCCCCGGUCAUUUCAUGUUUGCUCUUGCGCAGAAACUGGCUCCAGGUCCCUGGAUUGAAAAAACAGGGAAAGACAUAGAGGGACUUCCCCAACAGACACAUGCCAAUGACUGUGGCAUUUUUAUGAUAAUGUAUACUUGGUACCUAAUCCUUGGUGCACCAUUUGACUUCACUGUCGACGAUAUGCCAGUACUGCGAAGAUGGUGGUGUGUAGUGCUAGUGGAAAACCUACACCUGGAAGGGCAUGGAAGACGAUUUGCUCAUUUCACUAAAGAGGGCAAGCAAAUGGUCAAUGGGUGCCUUUCACCCAUCUUCAGACUGAAGAGGAAGAGACCGUGUACUGAAGUGACAAAUCAGCGCCCUUGGACAAUGACUAACCAGGCAAAAACAACUGAAAUUGUCCAGCUAACGCAGUUGAAUCACGAAUGCCUCCUCUGA